AUGCUCCCCACAUAUCACCAGCUGAAGCUUCAGCUAUGGUGGAUCCUGUCGGACCCCGGUGAAAGCCACGACAGAUACCUAGAGCAGUAUCGAGCCUUCUUCAGCGAGCACGCCCCACUGCUGGACGUAGACGCAACAUUUUCAUUCGGCGAGCCUCCUCGAGGCCUUUCAGUUGGCCACUCACCCCCUGGACCGGAAGUGAGCCUUUUGUCAUUCUCCUUUGGCACACUGGCGGAGCUCGGAACAUACGUGCAGCACCAUCAGGUCUCCGCUUAUCUUUAUUGCGGCCACCGUGACUAUUGGGUGGACUCAACAUUCCAGCAUGACCAGCGCCGCCUCCACAUUUACCUACACCUCAACCACCGUAGUGGGUGCGAAGAUCGAGUCGCAGAAUACCGAUUUGUCGUGCCCUAUCUCAACAUCUUGAAGGUCCACUUCGAGAACAGGAUUCUGCGAAAGUUCAACAGCGAGUUCGCCAUCCAUGUGUCAUUCAGGGACGACAACCUGGACAAGCUGUCCUUCACACUGAAUCUGCACUCGUCUCGGGAUGCUGUGGUGGACGCUGUUGUCGGAAGCUUCCUGCAUCAGGGAGUACGCGUUGGCACCAGGGAAUUCAAAUUCCUGGCACCUUCCAUGAGUCAGCUUCGUGACCACGGGUACCGAGGGAGAAGAGCAGUUUGUGCUUGUUAGUAGUGCAAGAAGUCAAUAUAAUGAAUGAGUAUAUAAUAUAGCCAUGUUCGGAUAUUAUAACGUUCUUUUUUCUGUGUAAAUGUUUUUUCUACGUGUGGUGGAUCCGUCGAAUUUCGAUACAAAAAAUUUUAAAUAUGAAUUCAUAAAUAAGACUAAUUAUUGGAUAUAACGAAUGUUCAGAUAUAAUGAAGGUAUCUUGAUGUCGAUAUUUAGGCAAUAAAAAUGUGGGUAUUGACUCCAAAACA